ACCGAGCCCCCACAAUAGCGCGUUUCUCGAAAAAAAUCAACAGGAUAUUCACGGUUCGUCCAUUUUCCCGGAUUUUCAAUGGCUCUCGAUCCGCCUGACGCGCCCUUGGAUGAAGCGACAUCCGAUGCGGAGGUGAAGCUUGACCCGAAAGAAUUAUCCGACGACACAGAUGAUCUGAUCUCGUACGAUCCCGUUCCGUCUGAGGAUGAUUCUAGCAAAUCCUCCUUUGCGGAUGACCUGAUCAAGUGCGAACCGGCCGGAGAAGCAGAUCCCGGCAAUACGCUGGAUACCGAUGAGCUGAUCGCUUACGAACCUGAAUUGACUGAAGAGGAGGCCAACGCCGUUGCCAUUUGUGUGCCGAAGGAAGAGGUCGCAGAAAUUGCAAAACCACAACCACAAAUAGAAAACCCUCGGCCGCAGAUCAGCCACGGCAGACCACACCUACUGGCCGGGAGACCCUUGAAGCUGCCAGCGUCCGGCUAUCUUGGACCAAAAAUUGGCUACUUUGGACCGCCGUCGCAGAUCUUCCGGCUAAUGAUAGCCAGGGUGCAGCAAAUGUUAGGUCCCGAUGCCACUCCCAGCCGCAUAGCCAGCGUGUUACCGCAUCUCCGACGCUACCUGCUGGUGAAGGUAAUGCAACAGCAAGCGCAAGGUGCUUCUGCCAAACGUUUUCGAUGUCGCUUCUGCCCAACAGUAGGUUUUGCUACGGUAACCGAGCUCCUGAAGCACGAUGCCAACGUGCAUCGUGCGGCAGCGAACCGUGGUGGCACGGCACAAAGGGAAUCGACCGAUGCGGCGGUUCUAAACCAGCCCAACAACCAGAACCUACUGAACCGCUUUCUCUGUAUCAUCUGUGGUGUGAAGCACUUCGCAACGAUCGAAGAAACCCGGCAGCAUAUGUACGCGGAUCAUGGUUACGGCGGUGGUAACGAAGAAGAUGAGGAUGAGGAUAACAAUGAGGUCGUCGAAGACGUAGAACCAAACCAGCCAUCGGACGAAUCCGGCGUGUCCGAGGCCGAUUUCGAAGCUGCAGAUGAGUCACUGUCGGAUUAUGACGAAUCCGAAGAAGCGAACGUAUCGGCGUCGAGUGACGAGGGUUGGAAUUCGGGCUCUACUUCCACCUCCGGGAUGCAUUCGGGCGUGGACUCCGAUACAUCGUACGUCUCCUCACCUCCGUCACCAUCUCGCUCGGACAGCUGCCUUUCAUCGUCGGACGAGGACAAACACCGCAAGGUAGUUCAGAAGCUACCGAUCGUCCGCAGAGCCUUACCUAGUAACACCGGACCAGCGCCAGCGAUUGCGUCCAGCAGCAGUCAGUGCACCAUUGAUGAAACGUUAAUAGUGUAUCUGCGAACGUUGACGCUGAAAUCGUUGGAUGCUAAGAUUGCCUCGGAGCACCGAUACCGGUGCUCGUGCAAAGGUUGUCCCUUCCGGUUCACCACGGGCUCUGUGCGCGAUCAGCACGUUCGUUGUCAUGUGAACGACGGUACGAUCGGUAGCCGGUGUGCGGUGGAGAAUGCCUCGAAGCGCCGGCGCUUCAACUUCCGAUGCUUCCGCUGCAACCGGAAGUUCGACACGUGGAAACCAUGCGCAGCGCACAUGUGGCAGGAGCAUCAGAUUGAUAUUGGUCUGCUACCGUGUGUGGUGUGCAAGAAACGCUUCAUCUACGUAUCGCACCUUUUCCUACAUCUGCAAACGCACCGUCCGAAGCAUAUGCGCGAGAUUGAGUGCCGUGUUUGCGGGCAAUUGUUCGCCAACCAGGGCCAACGAGCCGUACAUGAAGCUCUUCAUCGAAAGGCGGCACAACUGGCGGCGACCAAGCAGCAACAAGAGAAAGAGCAACAGCAGCAACAAGCAGAUAAGAAGCGAUCGCAAAAACAACAGUCAGAGCAAGUUGCAACUAAAACGGAAACUAAAUGCAAUGCUGUUAAAAGCGACGAUGACUCAGACAGUAGCAUGGAGAACCAACAACCACAAGCGAGUGGUUCACGGGAUGGGCAGGUUCGUUGGUACUCCGAGCAGCGUUGCCCGACCUGCAAGCAUUUGUUCUCCAACUCUAAGAUCCUGUCGAAGCACAUUAAAACGGUGCACCAUAAAAUUAAACCGUUCAUUUGCAACGUCUGCGGGUACAAGGCGGCCCGGAAGUACACGCUGACAAUCCACAUGCGGCAACACUCUGGCGAGAAACCACUGUCCUGCCAGAUCUGCCCGUUCCGAACGGCCGAUCCGAGUGCGUUGUAUCAUCACGGUAUGCGGCAUAUGAACGAGAAGUCCUACAAAUGCCAAAUCUGUGGCUUUGUUGCAAUCCAAUCCUUUGCACUCAAGACACACAUCCAGACGCAGCACCCGCUCGAUUACGAACGCAUCAAAUGUAAGUUGUGUAGCUUCGCCUCGGUCAAUCCGGAAAUAUUGAAGCGUCACCGAGCGGAUCAUUUGGCCGGGCUGCUGAAAACGCCGGAUGAUGAGGAGAAUGGUGACGAUUCACGCGACGGUGCGAACGGCGGAGCGGAGGAAAAAGCGACGGCGGCGAAGAAAGACGAACCGAAAAACGCACCCGAAUGUUCGUCCGACUGUUUCCUACCGCCCGAAAGUGUUGAUUCGGUGGUGCACGAUGCUGGUGGUAUUACUAUACCGGCACCGGUCAGCGGGGUACCGCCAGACCACACGGAGGACACGCAGUUUCCGAAUUAAUCAUUGUUUUUUUUUUCGAGUUUACAUUAAGCUUGCUUUCGUGGUAGAAAUGAACGAAGUGGGUCUAGCAGCUUACGCGAUAUCUAGGCUAAAGUAAGAAUUACACUCGAAUAGUUGGGCGCACAAUUAACAGGUUGCCAUAGUACUGCGAUGCGAUAGAGUAGCUAAUCCAAGUGUGCUUGAAUUUAAAGGAAACGGUAUGCUAACAGUAAUCAUCUUCACAUGGAAGCUUAGUUUUUGAAGAAUAUUCGAAUCGAUUCGGUUAAAUAUUAACACAGAAAUGAAGGGAAAGUGAUCGUUACUUAGCACUAGGUAGAUAAGCUAAAAGAUAAAACGGGAAUGAACCUAUGAAUUCAAUAACAUCAAAGGCAGUGCGUGUUUCACAUAGGAGACGCAGUCGUUUCCAUAGACACGGAGGAGGCAUUUGAACGAAAUGCAGGAUUAGUAAAGUAAUUCCACGCCUGUUCAAUUUUUCGAAAAUGUGUUAUGAAGGAAUUGUAACGGAGCACCAUAGUUUCUAAGUCCUGAUUAAUGAAAUGAUGUAUGGGAAUGGAAAAUACUUUACGGGAGCGUACAUACCCCGGUCUGUACGGAGAAUAUAUACUAUUCUAUUUAGAAAAACA